GAGAGGUAGAGAGGAGAAGGAAGGCAGGGAUAGCAAGAGAAAGAAAGAGGUGAAGAGCCACGGAGCAAAACACAUACAUCGCUGCCACUCUGACGUCUCCCCUCAUGCGCCUGUUUCAGCGUGUGUGAGCGCAAGAAGAGCAGAGAGGGACUGGAGGAAAAUAAAUCCCGGGAGCUUGUGUCCUCUCUUUGCUUUAUCUCCCCUUCUUUUUUCUUUUUUUUAAUCUCCAUCAUCCAAGGCAUAAAGGCGGGUGUCAGCUGGCACAGCAGAAUAAAAGAAGGGGAUGCUUUGAAUGCUGCCUCUCUUUCGACAGGGGACAAGGAAGAGGAAGGGGGGGGACAAGACACAGCAGGGACAAAAACAGGAUUUCUAGAAUGAAUGGGAGUCCUUCUGCCGCAUGCGCUGGGAAUAGCAGUCUCACACUGAAGUCUCUGAAUGAGGGCCGGCCCUGAGGAAGUGAGGCUUGUUGGGAGAGUCUGGAUGUCACCAGUGACACAGCUUCCACAGCGUUUGACCACCUUCAGCUGCACACAUCUCCGCUUCCCAGACGGCACCAAUUAAGGCCGGCUUGAGACGAAGAGUUGUGACAGUAUCCGACGACAGCGACGCAAAGAGGAAAGGAAUACACUGGAGGAGGGGCCUGUGCUUGCUGCAGACGGGCAGAGGACUGCUUGUCUGGACUUGGAGUUGCCUGUCUGCGUGAGUAGACACGGCAAAGGAAGAGGAAAAGGAAAUGGUCGGCUGACGCGUCAUGGAGGAUGUCACCGUUACGUAGCUGGUCCAGUGUGCGGUGUGGCCUUCCCAGAUGCGCAUCACCAGUGGUGCCAUGAUCCAGUUAUAACUGUGGGUAAUGCCGAGCCAAAUAACCAAUCCUGGAGAUGCCGAAGAGAAGAGAUAUUCUUGCCAUCGUGUUGAUCGUGUUACCUUGGACUCUGCUCAUCACUGUUUGGCACCAAAGCGCUAUAGCUCCACUCCUCGCCAUCCGCAAGGCCUGUCACCACCUAGUAAAAGAGAUCUUUAUCAUUCCAGAGAGGCUUGCAGUCCGCCACCACCGGCUCUCAGAUGAUGGUGUUGAGGGCAAGAGAGAGGCGGGUGUCCAGGCGCAGGACUCCAAGGAAUACUGUGCCUCAGAUAAGGACAUUGUGGAGGUGGUGAGGACAGAGUAUGUGUAUACACGGCCUCCACCCUGGUCAGAUGUGCUGCCUACCAUCCACAUCAUCACCCCCACAUAUAGUCGACCGGUCCAGAAAGCAGAGCUGACACGGCUGGCAAACACCUUCCUCCAUGUCCCCAACCUGCACUGGAUCCUGGUGGAGGACUCCCAGAGGAGGACGCCUCUUGUUACGCGGCUCCUGCGAGAAACAGGGCUUAACUACACACACCUCAAUGUAGAGACGCCCAGGAACUAUAAGCUGCGGGGUGACACUCGGGACCCCAGAAUCCCCAGGGGCACCAUGCAGAGGAAUCUGGCCCUGCGGUGGCUGAGGGAAACCUUCAACGCCAACAGCAGUCAGGCUGGAAUCGUCUACUUUGCUGACGAUGACAACACAUACAGCCUGGAGCUGUUUGAGGAGAUGAGAUCGACUAGGAAGGUUUCAGUGUGGCCUGUGGCCUUUGUGGGCGGCCUACGGUACGAGUCCCCCAAGGUCAACGCAGCUGGAAAGGUCUACGGCUGGAAGACGGUGUUCGACCCCCAUCGGCCCUUUGCCAUCGACAUGGCUGGCUUCGCCAUCAACCUGAGACUCAUCCUCUUCAAGCCACAGGCGUAUUUUAAGCUUCGUGGGGUGAAAGGAGGCUACCAGGAAAGUAGUUUGCUCCGGGAACUUGUCACACUCAACGACCUGGAGCCUAAAGCAGCCAAUUGCACUAAGAUACUCGUUUGGCACACGAGAACAGAGAAGCCUGUCCUUGUGAACGAAGGGAAAAAAGGAUUCACAGACCCCAAUGUGGAGAUUUGACCAUUUUCCCCUCAAGACCAAGGUGGAAGGCCUUGGACCUGCGGAGGAAGAAAAUGGCCGAGUCGUUUGAUAAGUGCAGCCAGCGCUCAUGUCUUAAUCAUCAGAAAAAAAAAAAGAAAAAAAAGGAAGUGGGGGCCUUUGAAGGGGGAUUUAAUCCUCUUGACUCAAUCUGACAUUUUUCAAGUGUGAACUAAAACAGUACAAAUCAUCAGUAUCAUAUUAAAGCACAGAGUAAUAAGAGGUGGCGGUCAUUGGUCAGGAUCGAAGUGCAGAGGAGACCACAUAAGGGACGCCUCACAAGGGGUCGGCACAGACAGUCGUGACCUGCACCGUAGGCCGAGGACAACCGAACAAAAGAGACAGCACAACAUGAAAGACAUACAGCCAGCGGAUUCAACCAAACAAGCAGGUCAAAGAAUAUCCUUCACCUAAAUACAAAAAAAGAUACAAAAAAAAACACAAAGGAAAUAAAACACAUCUUGCGUGGACAUGUCUGCUGCACAUGGUACAAAAGAGAAAUUCCUCUUGGAUUUAAGGACAUGGCCUACAUCAUCAGCCUGGAUGAAAACACGCCUCCAAGGACAAAUGUGUCUCAUGUGGGUUUUCCUUUGAGCAAACACAAACAUAGCAAGGGAAGGAAUGUUCUUUUGAUAACUAUGAAAUGUUUGCUUUAAUUUUAUUUAAUUGGUUUGUGUGUUUUGCAAGCACUUGACUUACUUGCUAGUUCAAUACUACUGACUCUUACCUACAUUUACUCUUGGGUUAUCAUUGUUCAUUUUAUAAGUGUCAUUAUAACUCACACAUUUAAGCCACC